AUGCCUGUUGUUCACAUUGUUCUCGUCAAAGUCAAGCAGUCGGUGCUCUCCAACGGCUUUGAUGAGCUGAAGCAGAAAUGCGAAACGCUCAAGGACCUUCCCAUCGCCAAGUCCAAGGCAACCGAGAUCAAGUGGGGUCCUCCUGAGUACCCUGGUCGCAACGAAGGAUACAACUGGGGUCUAUACAGCGUCUUUGCUUCGCGUGAGGACUACGAGGCAUACCGUGAUGACGAAGAGCACCGCAACUUCUCCAGGACGGUGCUGCUACCCAACACUGACGGUCUUCUUGCCUACGACUUUGUCGUCUGA